AUGAAUACAGAAGGUAACACAAACGUUGUAUUGGACGGCGACUUGUCGAUCUCGUUAUCGGACGGGGACGGGUCGCCGAUUACCUUUGUAACUCAGCGCUCACAGAGAAAAAAUGUUAAUAAUGACACGAAUACAUCAUUGGGUGACCAGUUUAACAUUUUUAGGGAUGAGAUGAAAAAACUUAUGACAAGUUUUACAACGUCGAGCAAGCAAGAACUCAAGGAUCUCAGUACGAUUCUCAAGGAAAUUAAAGAAUCUAAUCACAGUAUUGAGAGUUCUAUUGCUUAUUUAACUGCACAAAAUGAGGAAUAUAAGAAUAGAAUUGCAUCAUUAGAAAAUUGCGUUAAGGAAGACAGGAAGUAUAUUGUGUUAUUAGAGGAAAAAUUAGAAGAUAUCCAAAUUGGAAAUCGCAAAACCAAUUUUGAACUGAAAAAUGUUCCGAAAAAACCUGAAGAAAAUAAACAGGAUUUGAUAGAUAUGGUUGUUUGUUUCUCGAAUACCAUAGACUGCCAAAUAAAUAGAAGUGACAUUAAAGAUAUUUACAGAUUACGCGGAAAAAAACCAGAUCAAAAGAAUACCUCAAUAAUAGUGGAAACUACCUCUGCUUUAUUAAAAGCAGAUGUCCUAAAAAUGGCUAAAUCAUUUAACAAACGGAACAAGACAAAACUAUGUGCCAAACAUCUUGGAUUUAAAACCAACGAAGACACACCUAUCUUUUUGUCAGAACACCUAACAGCGCGAGGGUCUCGUCUUCAUUAUCUGGCUCGAGAUUUAGCUAAAUCCAAGGGGUAUAAAUUCUGUUGGACUGCAUAUGGUAAAGUAUACGUGCGUGUUGAAGAAAAAUCACCGACUAUUCUUAUAAGGAGUGAAGAACAGGUGCACAGUCUGCUAUCAAAGGAUUGA